GGCGUGAAGCGGAGAAUGGCGCUGGCGGCGGAGGCUCGGCUGGGGCGCCGGCUGAGUCCGGGGCCGAGGCGAAGGCCCUGGACCGCGGCCGGGCGCUCGCGGAGCCCGCGGAAGGCGGCCGCGCCCGUGGCGGUAGGAGGGCGCGCGGCCCGCGCCGAGCGCAUGUUCCCAGCUUCAGCCUCUCGGGGCGCCGGACAGGCCCCCUUCGUGCGGCCCAGCUCCGAGCCAAGCCCCGCCGGUUCGCGGCCGCGCCGCAGGCCCCCGCCAGUGCCCUCCCGAAUGGAGUCGGAGCCGAAGAUUUCCUCUGCCGCCUGUGGCUAUGGAUUCCCGCUUCUGUCCUCUAAAACCAAGGAUGUGACGAAAGUUUGGGGAAUGGGACUCAAAGGUUCUCAGCUUGGAUUUCACAGGAGCCGGAAAGAGAGAAGUGUGCACUCUCCCCUUGGCUUUCUCUGCUGUGACUGGGCUGAGAAAGCUCCCUCUGACUUUCAGGAAUCUGAUGACACAAACCAAACCGGAACAACAACACAGAAGGAGGCUAUAAUGAUUGCUCCCAGCCGUAGUGACAGUCACGAAGUCCACAGAGUGCAGGACUUCGAUGAACAGGUGUUCCAGAUACUUUACCAGUUUAUACCGCCAGCGGCAAUGGAGAGGAGAGCCGCUUUCUUCCUAUCCUCACUAGCACCUAGCCUGAUGGCUGGGAUCCUGCCCCACCUCGGAGACCAGGCCAUGGAAGCUGUGUUCCUGACAGCCCGGUGGAAGGAGUUGCUGUCCUUUGAGGAUGUGGCUCUGUUCUUCACCAGAGAAGAGUGGAACCAACUCGACUGGGCUCAAAAGGACCUCUACAGAGAUGUGAUGCUGGAGAAUUACAGAAACCUCAUCUUGCUGGGAUUUCAGUUUCCCAAACCUGAGGUGAUCUGUCAGCUGGAGCAGUGGGAAGAGCCGUGGAUCCUGGAUCUGCCAAGAGCUGGGACUAGGAAGGCUUCCGGUAGUGCUUGCCCAGGUUCUGAAGCCAGAUACAAGAUGAAAAAGCUACCUCGAAAGCAGAAAAUGUCUGAAGAUUUAGAAUCACGUAAGAUAUCAGUGGUAAAGCCGAAACCGGCCAAAAUACCUUCAGAAAAAUUACAUAAAUGUAAUGAAUUUGUGGACGUUUACAGACUUGCACUCCCUACUGUUGGUGGUAAACGCAGUAAGGACUUCCUUCAAAACCUUAACCUUAUCCAAGGUCAGAAUGCUCAAACAAGAAGGAAGUGGGGCAAAUGUGAUGAAUAUGGAAAACGCUUCCAUCACAGAUCAUUGCUUUGGAGGCACAAUCAGAUUCUUACAAAUGCGAAAUCUUAUGAAUGUAGUGACUGUGGAAGAGUCUUCAGGCGUCAGGCCAAUUUUGUUCGACAUCAAAGAAUGCACACUUCAGACUAUCCCUUUGAGUGUGACGUGUGUGGGCAGGCCUUCAAACAGAAGUCUGCACUCAGUGUCCAUAAACAGUGUCAUUCUCAACAAAAGCCGUAUAAAUGUCAUGACUGUGGAAAAUUUUUCCGUCAGAUGGCAUAUCUUGUUGAACACAAGAGAAUCCACACCAAAGAAAAACCCUACAAAUGUAGUGAAUGUGAAAGAACGUUUAGUCAGAAUUCAACCCUUAUUCGACAUCAGUUGAUCCAUAGUGGAGAAAAGCCCCAUAAAUGCCUUGAAUGUGGAAAAGCCUUUGGUCGCCAUUCAACCCUCAUGAGCCAUCAACAGAUUCACACUAAACACAACACUCAUAAGUGCCGUGAAUGUGGAGAAUCCUUUGGCCGGAACGUAGAUCUCAUUCAGCAUCAAAGAAUCCAUACCAAGGAGGAAUUCUUUGAAUGUAGAGAAUGUGGGAAAACUUUUAGUUUUAAGGCAAACCUUCAUCGACACGAGGUCAUUCAUACUGGAGAGAGACCCUAUAGAUGCGAUAGGUGCGGGAAAUCUUUCAGUUGGCGCACAAGCUUUAUUAAGCAUCAGAGUACUCACAGAGAGCAGAUAUCUACUUGAUAUUAGCUGGAAAAGCUACCAUUUAAAGACCAGAACUUAAACUUUUUGCAAGUAUUUGUAACUCCAUUGUUUUAAGAAAAUAAACAGCAACUGACACGGGU